GCUGAAGUUAAAGUUAUGUUUUGAUUAAAUAAUAACAAUCAUAUAAAAAUUAAAAACAAUUAUGGAUUUUCCUCAAGAACAAUGUUAUUUUUGCACAGAAACUAAAAAUUUAAUUCACAUGGACACUAACUCGUUAAUCAUCAAUCAAGUUUACAUAGAUUUUGGACAACUCUUAAUGGAUUUGAUGCAAAUAAAGAUUGAUGAUGAAGGAAAUAAUCUCGUGUGUGUUAAUUGUAAGGAUCAACUCUCACAGUUUUAUGUUAUGAAACAAAAAGGACGAAAGCAUGCGAAACCUUCUGACAUUCGUAAAAUUCAAAUAAUUGAGAUGGUUAUGGCGUUUCUUGAUUCCUUAGAAACAGAUUGCAUCGUUUCAAAGUUCUCAAAGCUCCUAGCUAUUCAUUUAGAUUCCAAUAAUAUAGAUCUCAAUCAACAGUUAAAUAUUUGCAAUGAUUUAAUCGAUUCAGAAGCAACUCCUCUAGUAAACGAAAUCUUACCAAAACAUAAAAUUUCUCAAAAAAUAAGACCAAAAAAAUAUCAAAAAUCAAAUUUUCAAUCAAAAGAACAACGACAAUGGAUGAGAAACGAACUUAAACAAGGAUCUUAUUUAAUUCAAACUCCAAUGGGAUACAAAACUCAAUGGAGUUGUAAUCGUUGUGAUCACGAACAUUUUAAAUCUGAAAGCAUGUUUCGACAACAUUUAAAACUUCAUUUAAAUGAAUCUGCACUUGAAUCCAGUGAUGUUAAGAUUGAAAAUAUGUCUCGAAAAGUAAUUGAUGUACAUUCAAGCUACGAUCAAAAACUUUGGAUUCAGGAGCAAUUGCAAAGUCAACAAACAGACAUUGUGACAGAAAAUGGAAUUGAACAGGGGUGGCAUUGUUCGUUAUGUAAAUAUGUGACUGACUUGCGAGGACGAUUUAGGAUUCAUUUACAAAAGACUCACACAACGUUGAUUGUUCGAUUCCCUAACAAACAUUCAUGUCACAGUUGCCAUCUAAGAUUUGACGGUGAAAAUCAUUUGCAGGUUCAUAAGAAUUGCCACAGAAUUUUCGAUGUUAUUACGCCUCAUGUUCAAUUUCCUGAAUGUGAAAGCUGCAAAAUGUUCUUCUGUACAAACGACGACUUCGAGAUUCAUCUUUCACGACAUCGAGAAGCGCCUGAAAGUUUACGUGAACCAAUUAUUGCUAAUGGAGUUGUGCAUCGAAAUGGUGAAACUUUCAUUACUGAAAUUGAUGACAUGCCGGAAAUUAUUGAUGAGAAUGCUCCAACUUGUGGUCAUUGUCUACAAAAAUUUCUCACUGAAAAUGAAUGCAAAAAUCAUUUGUUGAUCUUUCAUUCGUUAGCUUUUAUUUGUCCGUUUGAUGGACGUGUAUUUGAAGGAAUUCCAACACUUUCCUUUGGGAAUCAUUUGCGACAAUGUCAUCCUGACAUCUUUCCCGAUCUUGAAAUUGCUUGCAGUUUUUGUAAGAUGCAAUUCGAUACUGUUUAUGAGAAGUUAGCUCACACUAAAAUAUGCAAAGAGAAACGAUAUUUGUGCGAUCAUUGCGACAGAAGUUUUUUCAGGAAAAGCGAAAUUUUACAUCAUUUGAAAGUUGCCACUGGUUUGGUGGUGUUUGCAUGUCAUUUUUGUGGAAAAAGAUGCAAAGAUCAAGGAGAUUUGAAGACUCACAUUCGUUCUCAUACAAACAUUCGACCGUAUCCAUGUCCACAUUGCGACAAAGCUUAUAAAACUUCAUCAGCACGAGCAAGUCACGUUGAAUCUCACAUGGAACAAAAUCAUGUUUGUAAUAUUUGCAAUGUGAAAUUUCGACGAAGAAUUUUAUAUCAACGACACAUGAAAUUUCUUCACGAUGAAAGUUAUCGACAAAAAUGUUUUGCUGAAAAUACUUGCAAAGUUUGUAAUAAAAGUUACCUAAGGAAAACUCAUUUCAAAAAUCAUAUGAAAACUCAUGUUCGUUAGAGAAAAUUAAAGAAAAAAUUUAUUAAAAAAGAAAAUUCAAAUCAAUUUAAAGUUUUUCAUUAAAUUGCUGAUGUCGAUUGUUUCUUUCUUAAUUGUGUUGAGUUUCUUUCCAGAUUGCUUGAAAGUUUCUUCAAUCUUUGGAGGAUUUUCUUUGAAGCAAUAAAAGAUUUCAUUGACAUCUUCUUCAAGUUUAUAAGAAUAAACAGACGAGAACAUUUUCUUUAACUUCACAAUCGCUUGUUCUCGACUGUCCUGAUCGCGACAAAGUAAAUUUAAUAUGAAGAUUCCAUUCGAUGGAAGUAAAAUUUUAACAAUUUCAAGAAUUUCAAUUUCUAAAAAUUCUUUUGGUGGGCAACUAAUGCCAAAUGAUUGAUCUUUACUAUCAACAUCAAAGAGAAUUGAUUGAAACAAUUUUUUAUCUUCUGACAUCUUUUUGAGGUAAUCCAAACCAUCAUCAACAACAAUUUCCAUUCGACUUUUAUCUUCAACAACGCCAAAAUGUUCCUUCGCAAUGUUUACAAUUUCUGGAUCAAUUUCAACGACAGUUGUAUUGAAAUCUUUCAAAUGAUGAUAAAUGAAGUUGAUUAAACCUCCGCCACCCAAUCCAAUGACCAAAUGCUUAUGUUUUGAUGGCACUGUUUGCAUGCCAAGAAUCAUAUAAGCGUGAUGUUGACACGAUAAGAAACUGAAGUCAAUCACAUUCUUCUUCUUCACAUUUCUAAGCAUCGCUUCUGAUUGAAUGACGUUUUGAUUGCUGAGGAAAAUUAAACGUCUGAAAGUUUUUCCAGUAUCUAAUGUAACAUCUUCAACGACAAAUUCACCGGAUAAACCGCUUCUUCCCCUACAGAUGAUCUUCCUUGUGCCAACAUCAGAUCCCAAAGAGAGGAAUGGAAUUUUACUUGAAUCUUUUAAAUUUCUCGGAGCAAAAGAUUUGACUGUUUCAUUCAACUCUAAUUUGACAUCAUCAAGCGAUGUGUAAGUUUGAUCUCGAUGCAUCGUAACAAUCGCUAAACGUGAAUGUUGUGCUGAUUCGAGAAGUUUUCGUCUUCCUUGCUUUGAAGCAAAAAGCCAUUCACAUUCACGGCCUUGUGGACAAAUGAAAGCCGCAUAAUCACCGCCCUUGGCUGACAUUUUCUGAUCGAGAAUGAAAAGUGAAAAUCGAGGAAUAUUUUCAUUGGGACGAUAAAGAUCGAAAUUGAUUUCAUCAUCGAAAUUACUUUUUCUUAUUAGACCAUUGCGAAUCAUUGAAGCUCGUUGUGUUGUGAGAAUGGAAUUUGUUAAAACGUUUGCAUCUUGAAGUCUCUCAAUCGCCUCACCAUCAUGUGAAAUCUCAAGAAUAACAUUUGGAAGUUUCAUUAACUUUGUAGCAACAAUAAGAAACACUGGCAUUGAUGAACCAUCUUCAUUUGUAGUGGAAGUCUUUGAUUCAGCUUCCAGACAUCUCACAACACGAAACAAGAAAUUAUUUUUCGGAAAGAAGUCUAAAAGUGACUUUAUGAUGUGCUCUUGUAGCAAUGACACGCAAACGUAUCUCCCCAUGGUCUUCAACACUCUUGUCACUUCUGAAAAAUAUUUCUCGACCAUUUCAUUGAUCGACUCACUUUCUUCACUCAUCAUUGCAUCGAGCGUUCCUUUGUCUAACACGACAGAAUAAGAAUCGUUGUCGAAACUCAUAGAA